CAGGCACAUAAAGAGGUACAGAGACCCACCCACUGUGAUACCCAGGUACAGGGUGGGACACUGACACACGCAGACUGAGAGAGAGACCCAAGUGACAGAGACCGAAGCAGUUACACAGACAGCAGUGACAGAAGCCUCUGUUGAAGCAGAAGUCCCGCCCUCCUCUUCCUCUCAUUGGGUCGCUCCGGGGCUGCGCGUCGGUUCGCCGGUAACUUUCCCGGGCGUAGGUCAGCGGCGCUGCCAAUCACCGGUGGCCCCUUCCGACUGUGAGCUGGGCUUGGUAGAAGCGUCAAAGCAGAAGCUGAAGGGAAGCCGCUCGCCCGCCUCCGCCUCCCCGGUACCAGCGAGCCGCAAUGGAGGAGGCGAUACAUCAGACGGAAGAUGAAACGUUACGCGCGGGCACCGUCCCCAAAGUGUGCAAACAGCGAAGCCCAUACAGUGUGCACAAAGCGUUCCCCGGGAAGAAGGUGAUGAUGGCCAGGAGGUACGAGAGACCUACAAUGGUGGAGAUCCCGCAGCUGGCCAUUGGCGCUGGAGCAGGAGGAGGAGCUCCCCAUCAGAGUCACCACCAGCAGCCCGUUGCCAUAAACAGCGGGCAGCAGCAACAGCAUUACCACCAUCAGUACCACCAACAGCAGCAUUACCCUUAUCAGAGCACGUCCAACAGUAGGCUGGUCCCGGGAACAGCAUCGCCAGCGACAUCAACGUUUGCUUCGGCAUCUCAGUCACACCUUGGAGCGACCGACCCUGACCAUCCUUCCGCCAGGUACAACGGCAUAUCCACGAACCAGCCAGCGGCUGAGAGCAGCAACAUCAACCUGAGCGCAGAGAGCCGCUUAAUACUUGAUGCCUUUGCACAACAAUGCAGUCGAGUCCUGACUCUCCUGAAGGACAAUGGAAAACUUCUGGACACCAGCCACCCUCAAGUUAUUUCAUGUGUGAAAAGGGAGAGUGGAUGUUAUGAUGAGCACACAGGACAGUGCCAACUUGUCCGAGGUGACCCCGUGCAGCCACAGACAGCAGGCAACCCCGAGAUGGAACUGGAGUAUGUGCAGAAGAGACAUCAGACCUCAGCCUUGCUACGGGUAUUUACUGAUUCCCUUCAAAGUUACCUCCUGACUGGAGGGCGACCUUCACAGAGUAAUGUAGAAGGAAGUGAGUGCAGUCACAUGACAGAAAUGGAUCCACUUUCCACAUCUCCUACCCACACGAUGGGAGGGUGGACAUCCCCAGCAACAUCAGAAUCUCAUGUCCAUCCGUCAUCAACAUUUCCUGAGGAGGAAGAAGAGGAUGGCUACUGUCAGAGGUGCCAAGAGCUGGAACAGGAAGUAGUUUUACUCCAACAGGAAAAUGAGGAGCUGAGGAGAACCUUGGAUAACAUUCCAGUGCCCUGCCAGACUGUUCUCGAUUAUUACAAGACUGUCCUUCAGCAUCACAACCAACUUGUUCAACCAGUCUCAGAGGAGCAGCCACCAGAGGGGAACAAACAGUUGUUGACCAACUAUCCAGUCUAUAUCACCAGUAAACAAUGGGACGAGGCUGUCAAUUCAUCUAAGAAAGAUGGCCGUCGACUACUCCGUUACCUCAUUAGAUAUGUGUUCACAACAGACGAGCUGAAGUAUUCGUGUGGCCUGGGGAAAAGGAAGCGAUCAAUGCCACUUGGGGAGCCAGGGCCUGAGCGACGCCCUCUCGACCCAGUCAAAGUGACCUGCCUCCGAGAAUUCAUUCGGAUGCAUUGCACCUCCAACCCGGAUUGGUGGAUGCCAUCAGAAGAACAAAUUAACAAAGUCUUCAGUGAUGCUGUUGGGCAUGCUCGGCAGGGACGCGCUGUGGGAACUUUCCUUGGUGCCAGUGGCCCCUAUCAUGAAGGCUAUGACCAUCAGAUGUCACAGGAUGAAGUAUACAACAAGGGGUGCCAUGAGGGUGCUGGAGACUGAGCCCACACAGUUUGAUGUAACUGCCAGGCUGAUGUAGAAAAUGAAUGUGUAAUACUCCAUCGUUGUAUUGGUGUUGACACCAACUUGAUAUGAUGCAAAUCAAUUUAAAACGAGAACAUUUAAUUAAAAUAAGAUUUCCUACAGAAGAGAUACCAAAAGUGACCUCAAAGGUUAACCUGCUUUGACUGUGAUUAAUUUGGUAAAUCCAUUGUCCUGACCACCUGAAGUGCUAUCCCAGGCUUGGGACUGAGGAAUGUUACUUAUCUGACCAAAUUAACAAAAUAUUAUUCAGCCUAGAAAGCAUCCUUUAGAAGUAAAACAUCAAAAUAGUUUAUUUUCCACAUGUGUUUGAGUGGUCUGAAGCUACAAAAAUUCUGAAUUAACUGUGGUUGAAAUACAUCAAAAUCAAAUCCUGGGCAUAUAAGCUCUAGUCAACUCAUGAAUUAAUAGGAAAGUAUAGCCUUUAAAAUCUGGAGCUUGUCCUAACUUGCAACAUUUCAGAGAUAUCAAAUUAGGAGUUAGGCUUGUAGUCAAAGACAUCUUAGCUGUGUAGUAAUAUCAUUUACUGAAUGUAAAAUUUUGCCCAGUCUACCAUUCUGUAAACUCAAUUGACCACCACAGUUUUAAUUACCAGCUUUAUUAUGCAGCUGUUCAGAAAUGUAGCCACCUUGUUAAGGAAAUCAAUGAGAAGUAUGAUGUUAAUUCUAAGAAUGACAGAAGAAGCUGAGGCAGGUAAGUAGCAUUCCCUUCAGAAAUGCCUAUCUGCCAAUUAUCUCAGACACUGGUUUAGGUUAUAUUGCACUUUGUUUGAAUACCUUCUAUCUGUGUGUACAAGUGCAUUAACAAUAAAUGUUGUAGCUUUGUAUUACUUGUAUUAAAAUAAUUUUGUUAAGGAAAUUAACUUUAAAAGGUAUAUAUUAAUUAUUCCAUCCCAUAGGAGAUGUUUCUUAUCCACUUUCAAACUGACUGUUAUGAAAGCAUUUGACCCCAUUUCAUGUUCAUAGUUAGUUGACCCACUGAUUAUGAUUACUAUAUCACCCUGUUGCUACUAAUAAACUUCAACUAUUAAAAGUUUUGCACAUUUGAAGAAAGCUUAAAACAGUGACUUGGGAAUCAAGAGGGUGCAUCAUUCUGCUUGUGGAAAAAUAUAUAGUGUAAAAUGAAAGGAAACAUGACCAGCUGUCUCUUUAAUAGCAUCCCACAUUACAGUCAGAGGACCUUUAUAUUUUUAUACUUUUAAACACUGAGGUUUUUUUUUUACCUUUGUUAUUUUCUAAUACAGUAUUAAAUUGUAACCCUGUAAGGAGCAAUCAAUAAAAAUAUUUUCUGGGUAAUAAAUACAUUAGUUUGGUUAAAGAGAAAACACCAUUGAAGCUUUGUUUUAACAUUAUGAUAACAUAUAAAGGUGGUAUCUGCUGAUAAAUCUGAAAAAUUAUUUCCAAAGUGCAGCUUGUUCAUUUGUACAUUAGAAUGAAAAAUCACUUGUCAGAUCCAAUCAUUCACCAGACAGUAGAUUGAAAACAUAGUAGAUUUAACAUUACUCAUGCUAUCCUCUAACCUUUAUCAAAAUAUUGGAGGGUAGUGUAAAGUCUCCAGUACAUUUCAAAUCCACCGUGAAUGUCAUGGAAUUUGAUUUGCAUGAAGUAUCAACUACAGCUCAGUUGGUAGUAUCCCUGCCUCUCAGUUAAAGGAUUGUAGGUUCCAAUACAACUCCAGAGACUUUGAGACUUGAGUGCCAACCCAAGCUGAUAAUUCAUUGAAGUAGUGAUGAAUUGUGCAAUGACAGCUAUGCCGUCUUCCAGAUGGAACAAUAAACCGAAGGUCUGUUUUCAUUUUGAGACUUUGCAGAACUACUCUGCAGAAAAAUAAGGUACAAUGUCACUGCGAGUAGAACUGCUGCUCACAGCAAUAGAGACCCCAGUUGAACCCAGAACUCCCUGUGACUAAGUAAUAGUUUAAUUGACCACUGUAAAUUGCCCCUAGAGUGGAGGUGAAUAGUAGAAUCUUGGGAGUUAUGGAGGAUGUGAGAAAAUAAAAUGGGAAUAAUGUAGGAUCAUUGCAGAUGGGUGGUUGAUGUUUGACAUUAGACACUGCGGAUCAAAGAACCUGUUUCUGAGCUGUGUGAAUUUAUGACUCCAAGAUGUUCUUUCAGCAUACUGGUCAAUAUUAAUUGUUCAUUCAUCAUCGCAAAGUCAGAUUUUUAUUUCGCUCAUUACUUCUUUGCUUUUUGUGGGAUCUUGCUUUGUGUAAACUGACUGCUACAUAUCAGAAUGGGAGGUAAUUGUGUCCAUUAACUCCAUGCUGGCUGUCCCCUAUCCCCUGCACAUUCCCCGUAAUCCUAUAUUAUAGUGGGGGGGGGGGGGGGGCGGGUACAGGAGUAAGUUGGGGUAUGCUAAAUUCAGCAGGAAGUUUAGGAAUGCAGUUUCUUUUUCCACCUGACAUCCAUUGUGGAUGAUCUUUUAGUGAGCAGCAGUAAUCUACACGAUAGCAUUCAUUCUUUGAAAACAUCUAAUAUUUCCUAAAUGCUUUGCUUGUAUUGGGGUCAGUUCUGUGAAGACUUUGUGUUCCGUGUGCCAGUGAUAAGGACUGAAUACUUUGCACUUCCAGCAUUGUCCAUUAAACAUAAUAGAAACACUGACCAAGGGUGCAGGCUACUGAAGGCAGAAUAUAAGGUUAUUAAAGUCUAUUGUGAAGUCUGUUGUUAUAACUAAAAACCUAACUGCCACUGCAAUGCAAAUAACAAUAAUCCAAAUUACUUACAGUGCUUCUAUAAUUAGUCCACUGAGGAAAACAAUUGUACCUAGCAGCACAUUAAGUUAUGAGCCAAGUUUCAGCUAUUGAUUAAGAAUGGACAACAAAAACUAAUCAAUUGAAUGUAAUUUUGUUUGAUUGUCUUUCCCUUCUUUCAUUGCUGACAUCUGGCUGCUCGUCCCUGGUUGAUUUUCUAGGCCAAACUUAAACAUGUAACAGGUAAUGUUACUACAAGUCUUGCAGACAAGACUUAUAUUCAUGUUACACACUAUGUUAGUACUUCUAUUGUAAAUGAGUGGGAACCUACACCCAGUUCCCCGUUCCAUAAAACUCCAAAGAGGAACACCUCAAUGGGAUUCCAGUAGGUGAACUGACUCAGGAAGAGCAGAAACUAAACCUAGUUCAGUACAAUAUACUGUGUAUAUAAAUCAAUUAUACAGGAAAGAAAAGUCAGUCUGUGGAAGCUCUGAUUUAUGCAGUCUUUGAGUGGGUUUUCCUUUUGGGAAUAUGGAAUCAGAAUUUUCUCUGAGAAAUGCAAUAAAGAAAACAAUGUUUAACUUGUUAAUUAAAAAUAUGCUUUGAUUUUGAACAUUUGAUUACUUUAGUCCAUUCCUAGGUUCUGAUAAUUUGUUUGGUACCAAUACUGGCAUACGGUACAAUGAUAAUUCAGUCAGUUGUCAACAGCCUACUGAACCCAAUUCAGAAUCAGAAUUAUCUCUUAUAGAUAACAGACAUUUGUUUUGCUGCAGCAGAGCAGUGCAAAGACAUAAAAUUAUAAUAAAUGACAAAAUAAAUUGCGCAAAAGAAAGGAUUAAGGAGUUAGUGUUUAUAGGCCAAUCAGAAAUCAGAUGGCAGAGUGAGAGAAGCUGUUCCUGAAUCAUUGAGGGUGGGUCUUCAUGCUCCUGUACCUUCUUCCUGAUGGCAGUAAUGAGAAAAAGGCAUUACCUGAAUGGUGAGGAUCUUCUUUAGGCUCUACCUCUUUAGGAUGUCCUUGAUGAUGAAUAGGACCGUGCACAUAUUUUCAGAAAGCAUUGUAUGAUUAUCAACCCAAUACCACCUUCUGCCCCAGAGUGAGACGCAUUUGCUUUCCAACCUUUGGUUAAACAAGAAAUAUCAUCUAUGGGAUUCUUUUAUAAGGUUGAGCACUUUUCCCUGUUUUUGCACCAUUAGUGUGACUGGUCAGUGCAGUGAAAAGUAAAUGUAAAAUCUUGUUGACUAUGGAAGAUUAGUAAUGUUAGCAUUCUCACAAGUGUACUUCACUGUCUUAAUUAAAUGUGCACUGACUUGGAACAGACCUUUUUGUUAUAUGUUGACCAUCUGUCUAUGGUAAUGUGUGUAGUCUCAAUGUAGCUUUUACAUUGUCAAUUGUUGAGACCAGCCACACAAUAAAUGAUGUACAUUACUGCUUUGUCUUUGAUCUCUGUAUUAUAUUUGAUGUUUUAGGAUCUUCCAGUUUCGUAGUUGUCUUUUUUUUCUAAAUUGAGCAGCAAGGAGGGGAAGAAAUUGUAUACACUUGUGAUUUUGUAUGUAGCGAUUUAAUCUGUCCUCUACACUUGUACGACAUCUGCCUUAAUAACAACUAAC